AUGACUUCCAGCCAAGGCAGGAGCGCCGUCAGUGCAACAGCAAAAGACCGGGAUGACUUGCGUGACACAAUCAUAUUACUGGCAACCAACCACAAACUCAUGGAUCUUUCCCCGUCAGCUCUGUUGAGACAACUACCGAAAUACUUCGGCAAGAACGCAGCCAAAGUGAUGUAUGAGCAAAUCAUCUGGCACAUAGCCACUGACUAUGAGUGGCUCGUCGCCUCCGAAGGGCUCAAAACCAGCCAUAGCGCCGUAGAAGAAUACAGGACCAGAUACACUGCGGACCCGCUACGACUGAGACACGAACUCCAAGCACUGGCCACACUUCCUGGAGCACCAGCAUUUGCAUUCUCCGCUGCAGUCGAGCACGACUUCCACAUUUGCGCUGCUCGAUAUGGCGCGGAGAUUUUCCCAGACCCAGGAGUUUGGCACCGUGAUCUCGAGGCCCUCACGUUCUGCCGCCUUCUCAUGGCGGGGCCGCGGGAUGAGCGCAAUCGAGGAUGCGAAGUGGUUACGGAGGCGCAGAGGAAUGGGCUGAGAUUGAAGAAGCAGCGCUCUGAACGCCUCAAUUAUAGUUGCUACCCUUUCGGACGCAGUUCCCGCAGUCCUGGUCCAGGGAAUGCAUGGCUUUUCAAGUUUAUGGUCUUGCUCGCCGAGGAUCACUCAAAGCGAACGUCGUUCCUUCUGGUGAGGAGGGUGGUCAAUGAGUACCUGCCAGAAGAGUUGAUUGAGAUGAUCCGGGAAUUUUACAUGGAGGAUAAGAUCAAGGAGAUGACGAGGUUGAAAGAAGAGUAUGAGUGA